AUCGGCGGGCGGCGGGCGGCGGGGGAGGGGGUGGCGCGCUGGCUGCUCGGUCGGGGUCACGCGCCCGACCGCGAGCAGAAUGGGUUUGGGGCACUCGGGCCUUGGUGGAAAGCUAGAGGACCGACACCCAGCUGGGGAUCCCGCCCGGCCUUCCGCGGGCCGGGGCGCGCUCCGCAAAGGGGAAACUGAGGCCCAAGGAAUUUGGGUACUUUUCCUAAAGUCACAAAGCUGAGUCCGACCCACACUCUGGGACCCCCCACUCUCCAUCACCCGGAAGAAUCUUCCCCGCCCUUGCCUUCCCAUUGUGUCCUUCGGCUUCCCGGUAAGGUAGGCAGGGUCUGAUGGUGCACAGCUCAAUUUUAUAGAUGAAGAAACUGAACCCAGGAGGGUUCAAAUCCCAGUUCUGUUUGUCCAUGGGCGAGUUCACCCUUACUAAGCUACCUUGAGGGGCCUUAGUUGUGAGGGUGCAGGAGGACGCCUGCAGUGGGUGCCUUGUCUCUGGGCAAGAGUGGCACUUGUCUCCCUUCCUGGACUCAACCCAGUCUCACUCAAAUCCCUCAGCGGGACGUGGUGCCAAGCUAGUGUCUUUCAGUGAACACGUACAAAGCACCAGCUAGGUGUGGGGAGCACCCUGAGGAACUCGGGGAUGAGUCAGAGGAGCAAACCAACUCUCUCCCCACCUCCACACACACAUACACCCCAGCUCAGACCACCUGCCGGGGAGAAAGGCUAAGCUGUGUUCACUAGAUAGGAUAAGACUCAUGAUGUAGGGGCCCAGAGAUGGAGCUUGGGACAUUUGAACUGGGCUUCAAAGGGUACAAAGGAGUUUGCCUGUUGAAGAGAUGGAGGAAAGGACACUGCAGACAGAGGAGCUUUACAUUUUUCCUGCAGGAAACUGGCAGCACGCAGCCCCAGGACCACCCUUGACCACCUUCAGCCAAGCUAUGCGUGGCAGAGGCCCCCCUGCCCUACUCUCCCCGGCGCUGCCUCUUGCUUCCUCAGUCCUGAUGCUGCUAAUGAGCAGCCUGUGGCUGGUGGGGGCCGGCCCCAGCCUCACCCUGGCCCCGGAGCUGCUGCUGGACCCCUGGCAGGCACAUCGGCUGCUGACCCAUGCUCUAGGCCACACGGCUCUACCCAGCCUGCUCCUGAGUCUGCUACUCCUGCCUGCACUGGGCUGGCAGCAGGAGUGCCACCUGGGCACGCUGCAGUUCCUGCAUGCCUCCACACUGCUCGCCCUGGCCGCCGGGCUAAUGGCUGUGCUGCUGGCAGGCCUCGGGGUGUCCGGUGCAGCCGGUGGCUGUGGAUACAUGCCUGUCCACCUGGCCAUGCUGGCAGGGCCGGGUUACCGCCCACGACGGCCCCAUGGGGCACUGCCACCAUGGCUGUUGCCAUGGCUGCUGCUCGCCCUAACACCCCUACUCAGCUCCGAGCCACCCUUCCUGCAACUCUUCUGUGGCCUCCUUGCUGGCCUGGCCUACGCAGCUGGGGCUUUCCACUGGCUGGAGCUCUCUGAGCGGCGGCUGCAGGCCCUGCAGGAGGGCGUCGUGUGCAAGGCCCUGGCAGGGUGCUGGCCACUCAGGCUCCUUCCCACCCCAGGCAGCGUGGCUGAGCUGCCUGUCACUCAUCCUGGAGUGAGACCGCCCACCCCUGGACCUCCGUACAUGGCCUUUCCUAGUCUCUGGUCCCACAGUGAAGACUCAGCCCUGAUCCCGCCACGCCUGGGGCCUGUGCAGCCAACCUGGGAGGGCUCCUCAGAGAUGGGCCUGGCCUCGACCGAGCCCAGCUUUCCCCCAGGGACCCCACUGUGGGCAGCCCUGGAUGAACAGAUGCUACAGGAGGGGAUCCAGGCCUCGCUCCUUGAGGGGCCAGCCCAGGGUCCCAUGAGCCCACUAUGGCUGCCUAAGUCCUCUGUCUCCUCUCUACGGCUGCAGCAGCUGGAGCGCAUGGGCUUCCCCACGGAGCAGGCAGUGGUGGCACUGGCAGCCACAGGCCAUGUGGAAGGCGCCGUGUCCCUGCUGGUCGGCGGGGAGGUGGGCACUGAGGCCCUGAUGACUCCAGGGAGGGGUGGGCCUGCACAUCCUGAGGGUCCUGGGCCCCCCUAGCACAGGCAGGCCCUCAGGUGACAAGAGGCCUGGCCUAUGGGUGGUUAGUGUGAGUCCCAGCCCUGUGUGCUGUCCCAGGGGAUGCAGGAGAGGCCCUUCCAGCGUCCUGCCCGGUACUGUUUAGAAUAAAAACCAGUUUACUUUUCA